GUGGGUGGGAGUUGCAUACAGGCUAGUGGCAAGCAAGUCUCUAAAGCAGAUGCACAGGGAAGAUAGCUUUCUGUGUGAAAGAAAAAUCUGAUCAGGUAUUUUGAAGAAAUGACUACAGAAAAAAUACCAAGACCAUCUGGGAGCUUUGCAAGAGAUGAUUUCUGCAAUCUGACUAUUUCUGAUGGGAAACCAGUAAAGAAAUUAAGAACAGGACUUGUGUAUGACCAACGAAUGACAACAUACCACUGCUUGUGGGACCCUUAUUAUCCAGAGAAACCAGAGCGAUUUUCUUCUUCACUGGAAAAGUGCAGGGAAUAUAGUCUCAUAGAAAGAUGUUUAGAAAUUCCUUCUCGUUCUGCUUCUGAAGAGGAAAUAACACUGCUUCAUAGAAAGGACCAUGUGAUUAUGAUAAAAUAUACAGAAAACAAAGAAGAUGAAGAGUUUUUAGAAAAUCUUUCCUCAAAAUGUGAUUCUGUAUAUUUUCAUCCAAAGUCCUAUGAAAUAGCAUGCUUAGCUGUUGGCUGUACAAUAAAUUUAGUAUCCACUGUUUUGGAAAACAAGGUCCAAAAUGGAAUGGCUAUAAUUAGACCUCCAGGACAUCAUGCAAUGGAAGACAAGGCUUGUGGCUACUGUUAUUUUAACAACGUGGCUAUUGCUGCUAAACAUGCAAUAAAGCAUUAUGGUUUGAACAGAAUUCUAAUUGUUGAUUGGGAUGUUCACCAUGGACAGGCAACUCAAUAUGCAUUUUAUGAUGAUCCUAGGGUUCUUUAUUUUUCAAUCCAUCGCUAUGAGCAUGGUGCAUUUUGGCCAGAACUCAAGGAAUCCAAUUUUGACUAUGUUGGAGAGGGUUCCGGGAAAGGAUUUAACAUUAAUGUCCCCUUGAACAAGACAGGAAUGGGAAAUGGAGAUUAUUUGGCUAUCUUCCAUAACAUCCUUCUUCCAGUUGCCUAUGAGUUUUCACCCAAUUUGGUGCUGAUAUCUGCUGGCUUUGAUGCAGCCUUUGGAGAUACUAAGGGAAGGAUGGAAGUUACCCCUGCUUGUUAUUCACAUCUUCUCCAUUCAUUGAUGGGGUUGGCUGGUGGUAAAGUCUGUGUGGUACUUGAGGGAGGAUAUUGUAUACCAUCUUUAGCAGAAGGUGUAGCCUUGUCACUUCGUACAUUACUAGGUGAUCCAUGCCCUGAUAUUGGCUCUGUGCCUCGACCAUGUGAAAGUGUUGUAGAGACAAUUCUGAAUGUCAUCUCAGUUCAUCGACAAUUUUGGCACAGUUUAGUGCUGCAGGGGAGCUACAAAGAAAAUGAGGAUGAAAAAGCCAUGGAUAGAGUCAGGCAUAGACCAGAAAUUCGUUUUGAAGGACCAGUUCAGAAGCCAGAGACUUUUCCAACAAAAGAUUUGAACUUUCGCUUGGACCAGGAACUUCAAGCUGAACUAGAGCAGCAGUUAAAAGGGUUAAUUGCCAAAACUGAUCUUGCUGUUUCACCUUAUCGAACUGCUCUUGCAUUUGAUGAAAGGAUGAUGAAGCAUCAGAAUCCCAUGGGAAGGUGUCUACUGAAACGAGGUUAUACAGAUCUAUGUUUCAGUGUUAAGUGUAGGUUUGCAACAGAGGAAGAAAUAGCCUUAGUUAACAAAAAAGGCAACAUUGAUAAGAGCAAGAAGACUGACACUGUGAAACCGACAAAUGUUUUCAAAUUUCACACUGACUGUGCUUCAAACUAUAUGUGUCAGGAAAUAUAUAGAUGUGCACUACUGGAAACUGGCUCCUUGUUGCAAGUGACAGAAGCUGUUUGCUCUAGAAUAUGCUGUAAUGGUGUAGCCAUUAGUCAACCAUUGGUGCAUCAUGAUGAAGCAGAUGAAGUCUGUAGCUUUUGUUUCAUCAACUCAGUAACUGUUGCAGCAAAAUUUGCCAUGACAAAGUUUGGCUUAAAAAGAAUCAUGAUAAUUGACUGGGAUAUACAUAGUGGAGAUGGCAUACAAUGUGCAUUUGAAGAUGAUCCUAGGAUUCUUUACGUAUCGGUACGCCAUUAUGAUCGUGGAGAUUUCUAUUCUCGUGACAGUGGAACCAAUUUUGAUUUGGUAGAGAAAAGCAGAGGAACUGGAUAUAAUAUCAUUAUACCAUGGAUCAAUGGCGGGCUUGGAGAUUAUUUAUCAGUCAUUUUUAGCAUCAUUUUACCGAUUGGUUAUGAGGUGAUAAAGGUGAACCCAUUGAAGUACUGUUUGACCAAUCAACUGGAAGUAAUUUGCAUCAAAACAAAUGUCUUGGAUACUGAUGGAUUUGCUUCAAUGAGAAAGUGUAACUAUUACCAGGCUAUUCAUAAAUUGUCUGUGGAUAUUAUUUGGUCAAAAAUGUGGUCAACAAAUUCUUGUGAAACUCAAUCACAAUUGAUUACCAUUCACUGUUGUGAGAUCUACUAUAUUUGUGACUUCUUGUGUGAAAGUAAUGAUUUCAAUCCAGAAUUGUUAAUUCUGGCAUCAGGUUUUAAUGCAAGAAGAAAUGCUGCUUUGAGAAGCUGUUGUGUCUCUCCCGAGUGUUAUAGUCACAUGAUCCACUUGCUGAGUUCUUUAGCUAAUGGAAGAGUCAUAUUAUCUAUAGAGGAUGGAUACAAUCUAACCGACACACCUGAAGCAGUGUGUUGUUGUAUAGAUGCAUUGUUAGGAAAUCCUCUUCCUCCUCUUUCAGAGUGUCUCCAGGUGUCUUCUAGUGCUGUUGACUCAAUACAAAAAAUAUUCCAUGUCCUUAAAAAAUAUUGGAGCUGUCUACAGUUUGAUGUUGACCUUCCAGCUUAUGAACCUCAUCUAAGUCCUUCUGAAGUAUCUAGGGCUCAAAACAUUAUGUACUACAAGGAAAAUGCUGCAAGGUGGUAUUGAGAUGGUGUUACAUUGGAUGUCAUAUAUAAAUGAAUUAAUCAAAAGUUUUGUCAAUAGUAAAUAAUUUUUCUAAUCUUGACUUGUAAUUUCGUCAUCUGUCAGGUAAAAUAAAAUAAAACUAAAGACUUUAUAAGCCAGAUACUUGAGAAUGUGAAGUUUCAGAUUGAAUGUUGCUUAAAACUCAUUUUGAACUUAUAAUUAUUGUGGGUUUAAUUAUUCUGAGAGCUAAUUUGAAAGUGUUGUAUUAUUAAGUAGAUUUUGUGAUAAUUGACAGGUUUUUCCUUCUGUUUCUUUUUCCCAACCCAGUUUUUAGUAUUAUAACUCUUCAGACUUACCUCUGAGCCACUUGUGGGCAAAACAUAGACAGUAAUACUUAUCACAAUGUUUAACUUGGUAUGUGUCAUAUAUCAUGAUUUGAAAUUUUACUGUAUAUGAAAUGUGCUGUAUUCAAGAUUUUUUAUAUUUCAAGGAUUUGCGAAAUUGUCAUUCAUCUUUGGAAAAGAAAAAAUGUAUAUGGACAUUUUUUGCAAUGAAUGUAUUUUCAAAA